AUGGGCAGCGGGUGUCUAGCGGCGUUAUCAGUUUUGGAAUCCCGAUUUCGAUCUAACAUGUCGCGUGCUGAGGCUAUGCAACUCGUUCGUGACGCAAUCGCUGCCGGUAUUUUUAAUGACCUCGGAUCUGGAAGUAAUGUAGACUUGUGUGUCAUUACGAAAGAGUCGACCGAUUACAUUAGGCCGCAUGAUAUUGCAAACAAAAAAGGACAGCGUGCUGCGAAAUACAAUCUCCCCCCGGGAUCAACUGCGGUCCUGUCCCAAAAGAUCCAACCAGUCGAAUACGAUGUGGUCACAACGCGAGUGGUUCGCGAUUUGCCAGAUCCCAAAGCGGAAGCCAUGGAUACCACCUAA